AUGCCGAAUAUAUUUAAAUUGAACACGAGUCAAAGACGAUUUUUCACAUGUUGCGGCAAACUGCACGUAAAGAUGGCAUUUCUUCUCAUCAUAGCGUUGACAGUCAUUGCCGAGGUUCUGGAGACAAUAGCAUAUUUUAUGAACGGUUUACCUGAAGGGUCGACGUUUCUCGCCUAUGCACUAGAAUAUAUGAAAGCACAGUCUUCCUUAUUGCCGUAUAUCGGCGAAAUGUUUGUUGUCGUUACAAUGAUGCUAAUACUGGUACUUCAACUUUUGUUUUGUAUAAUAGCUCCUUAUUCUGCAACAGCGGAGCAGUUGUUUGUUGAUGGUCGUUACACAUUGCUACAGAGGGAGAAGAAAAUUUUUGCGAUUCUCCUAAUCGUCUCGUUUUUCACUGGUCUUGCCGCCUGGUUCCUGAAUGUCGGAUUGUCGACAUACAUGUAUUUCGAUUUUCUCGCCCAGAAAAAGAACAGAAGGCCUGCACGACUUCCUGGUGAUCCUACACCAGCUCUUGUCCAACAAGGAGCUCUUCCUGCGGGUACUGCCGAAGUGAGUAUAUCAUUUCCCAAUCCAAACUUCACAGCUAACUCAGAUGAAGACGAUGAAGAAGUUUUCGACAGAGGAGCUCAUCCACCUGCUGCUACUGCUGUUUGA